GAGCCACCACCACGGAGAAUUUUGUUUUGAAUCAGAGCUGUACCUUGGAAGCUCUCUAAUUUUGUUGAUUUUUCGCGUUAAUUCGGUUGCCUCGCGCGUUAAAAAGUUGUUAAAAAGUUCCGCUGUUGAUUGAUGUUCGCGGGAGUGUUAAAAGUUUUCGAUUAGAACUGUUAGAACUACGUUAGAAGUUAAAAUUUUUUUUAAGCAACUCGCCAUCGAGGUUGGCUGUGUAAUUUACGGUUUAUGCUAGGCCGCAAAGCAGCUGAAGUGGAUAUCCCGGGAAAUGCAUCGGUUUUUAUUCAGUGAAUAAGUGAAAAGAUUCCCUAAAAGGAUUAUCGCGUUUUUUUUUUUCGUGGGAAAUUGCGGUAGAAAAACGCGCGUGUCCCCACGAUUAUCCUUUUGCUCUUCCAAGAGGGUAGAGGAGUGGCAUCGGUAUUUGGGGCAGCUAGCGAACAGAAAGAGACACCAACACUUCUACCACAGCAUUUUUUCGAGAAAAGCGCAGAGCAACGAGUGCAACGUAGGAGUGGUACGAUGACCACGGCCACCGGAGCUAAGCUACCCGGCCAUGACCAAUACGAAAAGCUGCGCAAAGCGCUGCAGUCGGGCAAUCGAUCACAGAUAGACAAGAUCCUCGAGACGCUGGUCAAAGCCUGCCAGAAACAUGCGGUGCCCGUGGCCGAGAAACCUAAACUUGACGACGACCAGUUGAACUUCUGGUUGAACGAAAUCCUACGAUUGCUGUUUGAUUGGGAGAAUGCCUUAACCCGGGACCUGGCCUUGAGGGCCUCCGAAGCCAUCGUUCCGCAUCUGGAGCAAACCCUGUACCUGGACUCUCCGGCAUGGCCGGCUCUGAAGAGUCAAAUCAGUAACAAUUACGCUAAUUUGCUUAAGCAAGCACGCGGCCGCAACGAUCCCGAAUGGCACCGCAAGUGGUCGGUGCUGGUGCGUAUUUUGGACAAAGAGAUCUGCCAAGGUGCCCUUAUCAUAAACGUGUUCUUGGCCAUCGUGGAAAAUGGCUUCCGAUCCGCGGAACUGCUGGUCCGGGAACAAUCUUUCGACUGUUGGCGCUUGUUGGUGGAAAUUUUUGCCAAAUAUCAGCAAAUCAACAUCCCGAAGCGCAUCAAGCUGAUCUGUAUCCCACUGAAAAGUUCCAAAUCUAAGACGGAGGUGAUCGCGCUGAAAAAGUUCGAAAUCUGGUGGUUUUUGAUCAACAAGCUGCAACCACAGCUGGAUGUUUUCGCGGAGAACGUGUUCGAGCCGUUCAUCUACUUCUGUUUUGGGCCUUCGUUCAAAACUCCACUGUGCUAUUACUUCGAUAACAGCUACCAGGAAUUCGGAGCCCCUGGGAAAAUCUACGACAACAUCAAACAACUUUCCGCCCUGGCCCUGAUCCACAUGCUAGGUCCGGCUCCGAAAAUCACCGAAACAUUGCUAGCCGGAACCGGUAUCGGUGGAACCAGCGAUAGUCAGGACCCAGACAAAAACGGUCUCAUAAGCUUCAAUCCCCCAUCAGCAGCAGCAGCCGAGCAUAUCAUCUCGGCCAAGCUUUUUUCGCAAAAGACCAAACUGAUCAUCAACUCCUGCACCGAAUGUACGGUGCUGUUCUCACAAAUGAAGGACAAAAACUACCUGGAACUGAACCGAUGCCUGUGGCGCAACCUUAUGAAUAUGGUCGAUCAGGAAGUUACCACUCCUAGAGCCGACAUGUUAGGUUGGAUUCGUGAAAAUCUUGCCGCCCUAAUCAGUUUGAGUGCCCAACUGAACGAUCAAAUCCUGCGGGAGCUAGUGUAUGACACCGUACUGUUGGUGGUGCAAAGCAAACUUCUUACUGUCGUGAUUGGGCAGGACAGCCCAGAGCAGCUGCUGAACAAUUAUCGGACUUUCAUGACCUUGAUGUUUGUUCCAGAUCUCACGUAUCCAGAAGAGACUUCGCAGAAAAUCCUAUCGCACGUGUUCGAUUUGCGACGGUACGCAUCGUCCAAAACAGGCUACUGGGACAUGCUGCAGAAAUCGUUCCAGUAUCUGUGCGAUUUGGAUCCAGCUCUGCUGAACGAGUCCCGAUCCGACGGGGUACGACGUAUGGUCACCCAGAUAUACAGUGUGAUGGCCGGUCAUCUGGAGGAACAGAUCCAAAACAAACGGUUCCAGUUCGAGCAUGCACAAACGAUCGUGUACAAUUUCCUGCUGUACCCACUGGAAUACGAUCGCUUUUUGGAGGUAGGCGACGUGAAAGAAUCCUGGCAGAAAGUUUACCAUAUGAUUGUCAAAAACCAGAAAUCGACACGUUAUGCAUGUUCCCUGUCGGAAGUCAUCAAAGCCAUGACGGUGGCCAAAUACAAUGCUAAUUUAACGGUUAUAUUGGAUUUCUUCCGCACGGUGCUAGAAACUAUCCCGGGAGAAUAUGACCUCGGUCAUCCGCCAGUGAAAACGCUAGAAUUGUUCAAGGAUUUGAUUCGCAAGGCACUCGUUUUCCAGACUAGUCUGAUGGAGGUGGCCAUGGGCGUCGAAUCGUUCCGACAACUUAUCGAACGAUUUGCAGUGAAAUCGCUGCUACUGGUUAUCAUGCCGAUUAGAAACGUUGUCAGCGAACUGGUAUCAGGAGAGAAUGAAAAACUGAUGGAGGGGAUCCAAAGUUUGUUAAAGUCUUUGGUGGAACGUUUCCUUUCUACGAAGUUUACCGUUGAACUCAAAACUCAGCCCAAAGAGGUCAAAUGGAAUUGCAAAAUGCUCAUCAAUAUGCUCUUAGAAUUACCACCCAGCAUGCAGAAGCAGUGGAAAAUUCCGGAACUGAAAAAGUUACACGAGGUUUGCGAGGGAAAAGAUGGACCCAAGACUCCUAAAUCGGUCAAGAAAGAAGGCGAUUUUGUGGUCAUUGAGAAGGUUUGGAAAUUCACCCCAGAUAAGCUGACUGAACAUCAGCGGGAUCGCAUGCGGCAAAAGAGAGAUGACAUCCCAGCUUUGUACAAUGAUUUAAGCCAGUCACAAGAUAGUUUCGUGAUCAAACCCUGGACCCCGAACAAGAUUGUUAUCCCAGCAGAUGCUAACAAUGAUCAUGACACUAUUGUUAUGUGUGGAAAUGACACCAGCACGAACACCAACGGUGGAACUUCAGAAGCUUCGGUUCCCAAGGAACAAGGUGCGGCAACUGAUGAGACAAUAAAAUUGGACAAAGAAAACAACAACGGCAAUGUUCAGGAGAAUCAAGUUGUAGUCAAACCUGAGCAGGGAGCUGCUACAACAAGCACGGAGAACAAGAAACCCCAUGAUAGAAAGUCCAAAACAGCUCGAGAGUUGGAUCUUUUGCGUAUAGACAUGGUCCAAGGUAAAAACUUACAAGCCGCUUUAUCGGUCAGAACACGUAGAUCAGGUAGCUUGGAGCCGUCCAGUAGAAGGAAGAACGCUGAUCCUAAGAGAAUACCGGGUAGCGUGACAAAACAUCCUCCUUCAGAGAACAGACGAAACACCCGUAAAGUUGUGGAAAAACUUCCUGCAGAAUCACCUGCUCGUAAAAAGUCAGAGGAGAAACCCAAAAGUCCCGCCGAAAGAACAUCUCCCCGUAAGUCACUGAACUUUGACAACGUGACGGUGAAAGAACCAGCUCCAGCAACCGAAGCUCCUAAACCCAAAUCUCCCAUGAAAGCCAAAGCAAUUAACGAAUCUGUUGAAGAUAUCAUUGAAUCAUCUCAAGCAAAUUCUCAAUCUCUGCUUGCCAGGAAAUUUACUCCUCGCAAACCUAAAGAAGAUGAAAUUGCACCGGCUGCUGCAACCGAAGAAACACUUCCUUUCGACACCGAAGCGGAAAAAGAAAUCGCUAAACUGUCUUCGACCAGUAGCAAAUCACCCGUUAAAGCAAACGUACCAGGAAGUGUAUCGCCUAGUAAAAAUACUAGAAGCGCAGCGGCCGCCCAACAGCAGAAAAUUUCCGAGGUCGACACUGUUCCGAACACGGCACUAGCUGACACAGUGCCCAAUACAGAACCGGCACCGAUCACUCAAAUCGAGAAACCUAAAUCUCCGAUUUCUAGCAAAACUGCUAAAACAGGUAAACGUUCUACGAGUCCUGUUCCGGAGCCAAUAAAUGCAGAACCAGCUUCAAAAUCGCCCAAAAAAUCUACUGAACCAGAAGAACAGGAACUAGCAUCACCGAAUCUUUCUCCCGUGCGUAAUCUCGACGAACAAAUGGAGCCGCUCACCCGAAGUCUUAAUCGUAGUCUGGUUUCCUCCCCAGAGGGAGUUGAAAGAGAGGCAGACCUGUUGAAUAGCACUCUCAACAUUUCUCCUAUAUCUGAAGAUAAGGGGCACCACUCUACAACCCCUUCCACAGAUCCCAAUAAAGAAUCAGCGACCGGUAGCGGUGAAAAGAGAGCUUCUAAUCGAAUCAUGGAUCGCGAAAAACCAUCCGUCAUGCCCUCUCCCAUUGGGCGACGCACACGCAAUUCUCCUCCGAUGAUUCCUGCAGCUCUGGCGAAUUUAAAAGCACGUACUCCCCAGAUGGCUCCUCGCAGUCCAAGCACCGGCAAAAUCGAAUUGCGUGGUCGCGGAGCUCAGCUGAUAAACCUAAUCCGAAAUCAGAGGAAUGAGGGUUCUCCUAAACCGGGUUCGGGACCAUCUCCACAGAAUUCUUCCACACCUAAGCAAAUGCUGCUACCAUCGACGCCCGGGAGCGAACGCAGCCUGAUGAUGCGUAAACUAGCGACCACAGGAAACAUCACCACAUCACAAUCUCCAGAGCAAACCAAACCGUUGUUGCCGGAAAAGGAAAAGGAUAAGGACUAUUUGGUGUUUUCAAAAGUUCUGCCAUCGCCGCAAGCAUCUCCUGCGGCCAGUAUUCUAAAGAGAAAACUAAACCACGACGAUAGUGGCGACGACAUUGAUUCUCCCGCCAACAAGCGCAAACGAGUCAGCUUUCACGAUCCACCAGUGUCACUCACUAAAGAGUACAUCCGCCAGGAGGAAGAAUGUCGAUCACCCUCCAUCAAUCGCUGUCUCCAAAUGGCUGGCAUGUCCCCGGCUGACAAAGCGAAAUUCCUUUUGCGAAGAAAAAGCAAAGCCGACAGUCUUUCGGAGCUGGUUAAAUUUACCCGAACCGCAGAUCCCAUGGCCCCUGGCAAAGAGGAAGAAGAUCAACUGUCAUCUUCGCCGGAUUCGAUUGACGGCGAGUUUGGCAUGAUCAACACGACCGAUAACAUGAGCUCCCUCCAAGUUACAACUGAAUCCGUUGCAGAUGUUGAAAUGAAGGAGUGUCCGGAACCUACCCCAGUCAAAGUUCUCAUUCCAACGGAGAAACCUACUGAAACCACUGACACGGUUACUGAGCUCCCGAAACGAACCUCACCACGGAAAAUUUCACCCAAACCGGCAAUCGAAGAACCUGCUCAGAAACCCACUUCCCCUAUCCCUGCUUCUCCGGCUCCUAAACUAGGGUCCCCGUCAGCGGAAAAACUCGACAACAGCAUCCGCUUCCAAACGGAAGACGAAAUCUUAUCGCACGUGAUCUCAAAGUACUCCCUGGACAAUAUUCUCGAACGCUACCUAACAGCUGGCAAGACCCUGGAACACCAGAAAACUACCCGCCUACUAACUCGGGAACUGUCCACCCUCAUGACCAAGGACAGCAAAACGCGCUACACUGUCCUGGAUGAGCUGUGCGAUCGUCACUCGGCCGAGUUCUUGGACCACGCGGUACAGGAAAAUAGUUCGGCCGCCGUCUGCCAGCGCCUCUCGAUGGUCACCAUGGUCGAGAACAUCUUCGAGCGGCUAACCAAAAUACCCCCGGAGGGAGGUACCCUCGAGGAACAGGAAGAACGCAUCAAGAUUCUGCAGACCAUGUUCGAGCAACUGGCCGAAAUGCACAAGUUCGUUCGAGGGUCCGAAUUCGAUCGGAUGCGGGAGAGCUUCGUCAAGAAGCUUGUGUACAGUAAGAGCAAGUUCGAGGUCAUGGAACUGCUAGAGGAAUACUUCAGCCGAACGAAAGGCGAGACGAGCUCGUGAGACUUAUUUUCAUAAGAAGUGUUUUUUUCUUUCGGUGUUAAGCGUAGAUUGUAAGAGAUUUUUUAGAAGUUAAAUGAUGUUUGACAGUCUGCAAACAAUAUAAUAUUUUAACAAAGCGAAAAGUUGUGCACAUUUUUCAGCGGAAAGUCAAAUUACUUGCUUGAUUAGUAAUUUGACAUAAUAGUAUCACUGUGUAUGUGGAUCCUUGAACAUCAUAUUGCCGCAUCGUGGAUCCGGCGGUCAAUGUCCAGUGAGAGCAAGUGAUCGUGGUGUGCGACAAUAUUUGCAUUAAUGAUACGAGAUAGACUUGCCUUUUCGAAGUAACAAAAUUUUGGAAGUUAAUUUUUAUUGUUUAAGUUCUGUUCUCGUUCGAGAAAAUCUAGGUACAAAAACUGACAUAUAAAACAAACAAACAAAUGGAACAUCUUUUAUAGAUUUUAAGAGAUCUUUCUAGAGUGCUGAAAAGAGAGAGAGUAGUUCUAAAUAAAAAUAUUUUAAUCUGAAA